ACGCCGACUCGACCAGACGAGGGCCUCGCUGUGGCCCGCUCGCAUGCCCUUCGUCCCGUCCUCUCUCCCAGGGCCAUCCUCCCUCCCCACACAUCCACCCCCUGCUGCCUCUAACGACCACGACAACACGCCCGCCAUGCCCUCGACGUCCCUGGGUCGCCAGCUUCGCUGCUGGCUGAUCCUCGCGCCCGCACUCUGGGCCGCCUCCGCGCGCGCCGCCGGCUCGGGCACCGGCAGCACGAACACGAGUCUCGCCAUGAUCAUCUUGUAUGCGAUAACCGGAUGUGUGUCGGCGCUGUUCUGUGUGGUCAUCGUCUCCGGUGCCAUCCGCGCGAUCCGCCAUCCCGAGCGGUAUGGCCCACGCACUGGCGAGGGCGAGUUUGCUAGUUCAUUCCCCGGGCAAUCGCGCGCCCGCGGGCUCACCAGAGCGAUCCUCGACACUUUCCCCGUCGUCAAAUUCGGAAUGGAGACACCACAGUCAACGCAAGGCAAGGACGUGGAGAUGGGCGACGUGAACAGCUACAAGGGCGACGAGGAGCGGGACAGCGCGAGCCUUGACGGCGACGACAAGUUCUCCAUAGAGGAAGAUGGGGGCGCCGAGCCGCAUCGCGGUGCGCAUGCGAACGCGCACGAGCGGCGGGUCAGCUGGGCGCCGCAGCCGCCACUCGAGCGAAAAGACGAGGGACGCGCAGGGGAGGACACCGUACAGGAGGAGGACAUUACGACCACCGCACACGACCACUCUGGGACGGGCGAGCCCGUCGCGGGGCCGUCCUCGCCAACACAGCGCUCGCCGUCCGACCGCGAGCUCCCCCCGGCGCGCCCCCGCCCCCGCCCCGGGCGCUCGUCAACGCUGGGCCGCCCGAUGUCCGCGCCGGCGGGCGAGAAGGAGAAGGACGUCGUGCCGGACGCAAUCGGGACGGAGACGUGCCCGAUCUGCAUCGUGGACUUUGAAGAAGGCGACGACCUGCGCGUGUUGCCGUGCGAGGGGAAGCAUCGGUUCCACAGGGACUGUGUGGACCAGUGGCUGCUGGAGCUGAGCAGCAGCUGUCCAAUCUGCCGACAGGACUUCCAAGCCCUCGAGACGAUGAUGAUGGCGGGCGAUGUGGGUGACCAUCUCGAGCCGCCGCACCCGCAUUACGCGCAACGACCGCUGUCCAGCGCCGCCGCGCGCUUUUCGCGGUAUCUGCGGUUCGCGCGGAGGCGGCACGGGCACCGCACCCGGGAUGGGCGGGAGGGACGGGAGGAUGGUAGCGGGUACGAUAUCACGGACCCGCCGAUGCCGCUGUCGCCGGAGAUGAGGUUCUGAGUCGCCCUUUGCUCUCCCGCUCCGCCGUUACCGUCCUGGCUGCUUCAGUAAUUUCUCGUUCGCACGGCCGUCCGUCCGGAUCCGUACGGUCUGUGCGCUACGCUCCCUCCAUGGCCCUUCUUCCCCCGCUUCCCCGCCAGGUCUGUAUUAUUGCCCUUUGCUUAUUAGGACUCGGUUCUUCCUCUGUUGCUAUCUGUAUUCUAGUACGCCAGGAUGUCAUGUUGUAAAACACUAUACGCGCAUAUAUUAUAGAUAUAGGCCGCGUCAUUCACCAGCCCCCGUCAU